UCAGAGUCGAAAAAUUACACACGCGUUUUUGUUAUGAUUUAUAUCACUCUUCCGAAAUUGAUCAUCCUUGUAACAUGUCCUUGCUAAACUCCACAAUAUCAAAAAUUUAUUCCAGAGCGUGAACAAUGAAACUAACGAUUUUUGUUACAUUUCUAUGUUUUACAUGUGUGUUGGGGGAAAUUAAUUACAAUUCUGAUGAGAUCUCAAACAACCAUGGUCGGAAAUUAUAUAAUGUGCGUCAACUUUUGCGAGAUGUCGCAGAAAAUAUUGAAACUUCAAAAACAAUUGAAGGGGCAAAGGAUUUACUUAUGAGAAAUGAUGUGCAAAAUAAAAUUCCCUUCAUAAAUUUUUUAAAUCUUGUCACUGUGUUGAUAAAUAGUAACAGCAAUGUCACAAACAGCAGUUGUUAUAAUGAUUUGGUAUACAUAAAGGAAAGUAUCGAUUUGAAACAUUUUCAGGAUUCUUGGGCUUUAAAAAUGUUGGAUUCAUUUGGAAAGCCAGAAAGUGGAAUAUUAGAAGGAAAUGUGAAGUGGCUGGGAGAUUUUGAUGAAUGCAAAAGUGUUUACGCACCGAGGAACCGUGGCAGAGGAGGAUUUCAAGGACAAUAUUGCACCCUUCAAGUUACAGCGAUGAAGUAUCUUCCACUUUCAAUUGGUGUAUGUUUACCAGACACAUGUAAUCCAUCUGAGUUUAAGGAUAUAAUUAAUAAUUCAAGUUAUUUGCCGGCUUUAAAUCGAUCAGGUAUCGAUUUGAAUGUAACUUCUGCGAAUUGUAAACCCAAGUCAUUAGAAAUGAGCAAUGGAGGAAUUGUCACACUAUGCAUAAUGUCGGUGUUUUUUCUGCUCGUUAUCUUGGGGAGUUCUGUAACUGCUUUCAAAUACUUUGCUGACAUCAACGCUACAAGAGAUUCAUGCAAAAGUAUUACAUCGGCAAAUGGUUACUCGCCAGAACAAAUGUCCAUUGGGAGUUUAGAAGAACCAUUGGAAUUUAAUAAAAGAUCACCAAAUAGACUAAAAGUUUUCAUGGACGUGUGUGACCCUUUCCUGAACUGUUUUUGCAUUUUUACAAAUGGUUCAAAAUUACUCAACACCGAUGCAACCGAAGGGCAACUAUUAUGUCUACAUGGUAUUCGAUUUUUGAGCAUGACGUGGGUUAUUUUAGGACAUGUAUACACGUCUCCUAUGAUUGUUAUCAAAUCUCUUAAGAGUGCAGUACCAGUUAUUGACAAUUUAUUUUUCCAAGCCGUACUCAAUGGAUGGUAUUCAGUUGAUUCCUUUUUUGUACUCAGUGGAUUUUUGUUGUCUUAUCUGUACUUUCAAGAAUGUGACAAAAGACAGGGAAAAACACCAUGGCUCUAUUUUUACGUCCAUCGCUAUUUGAGGUUAACACCGGUUUACAUGAUGGUUCUGGCGUUUUUUGCUACAAUCAUGCAUCUACUGGGAUCGGGACCUUUUUGGCCGGAGAAUAAUGUUGAUGUAGGCUGCCAGAAGGAAUGGUGGUCAAACUUGAUCUACUUAAACAAUUUCUUUCAGGAUGGCACUAAUCAGUGCAUGGGAUGGACUUGGUACCUAGCAAAUGAUAUGCAGUUCUUUGUAAUUAGCCCUAUAUUCCUUAUAACACUCUGGAGGUGGCCAAUUGUUGGAUUUUUAGUUUCAACCCUAUUCUUAUGGGCAUCUUGGGUUACAGGAUUUUUGAUAACAUAUCAACAAAAUUUGCCAGCUGGUACUAUAAGUAAUGUCAAUGACGUAGUAACUGAUCCAACCUUCACACCAAGGUGGAAUGAAUACAUGCAAAAUUUUUAUAUAAAGCCAUAUACCAGGAUUGGUCCUUACAUAGCAGGCAUUGUUCUGGGUUACAUUUUAUACAAAAGAAAAAUAACCGGCAUAAAAUCCAAUCGAACAACUUUAUGGAUAGGUUGGCUACUUGCCGUACCAGCUGGUUUAUACUGUGUCUACGGCACCUAUCAUCAAACUCCUAGUCUACUGGCUGCUAGUUUCUACAAUGCUUUCACCCGUUCAAUAUAUGGUUUCAGUUUGAGCUGGUUGAUUUUCGCUUGUUUAUCCGGACACGGAGGUGUUGUGGAUAAAAUUUUAUCCUACAAACUCUUCAUUCCUCUAAGUCGGUUGACUUACUGUGCAUACCUGAUUCACCCAAUUUUUAUUACCGUCUACGUUACUUCUUUGAAAUCUACAAUAUGGUUUUCUCAUCAAACAGUUAUCCUGUGGUAUUUGGGUCUGCUGGCUGUGACGUAUGCUUUUGCUUUCCUUGUUUCAUUGAUAUUCGAGUCUCCUAUUAUAAGAUUGGAAAGACUAAUCAGAAAUAAAUUUCAAUCCAGAUGAAAAGUUUUGCAUUUAAUUUUUUUUAAUAGAUUUACAACAUUUUUAUUAUUAAUCAUUUAAUUUUUUUUAUAGUGAUAUGUUUUGUUUAUAUUUGUGGCAGAAAACACAAACAAAUGAAAUAGCUUAAUAGCUUAUUAGCAUUAUUUAUAUGUAAUAACUGCCUUUGAACUCUAAAAAGAAUUAAAUUUUUUAUUUUGAAAUUUUGUUUUGCUGUCUUGAAAUAGCUUAUUAGAUGUAUAUACUAUAGUCGGCAAAAAAAGUUUUAUUUAAUAAUUCUUGAUAUAACUUAUAGAUUUCUAGGUACUAUGAUAGGUAAUCAUUAUGGUUUGAGAGGAAAAUCUUAAAUAUUCUAAUUAAGUUGUAUAGAUAGUUAAUUAAAUUGAGAAGUUAGAAAAAGUUUUUUAAGAAUAAAAUAAAUAAAUAUUUCGUCGGCUUUGAAUUCCUGGCCCUAAAAAUAACUCUUAACUUUAAUAGUUUAGUCACAAGACAAUUAAAACUUCAGCACUAUUAUUUUACUUUUUGGUUUUAUUCAUAAAAUUUAUUAAAGAUGAUUAAGUCUUUGAAUAAAACUUUAUUCACGUAUUUUAUUUAUUUAUUUAUUAUUUUUUAUUAUGCUUUAUUAUUUUUCAUUAUUUAUUUAUUUAAUAUUAUAUCUGAUCUGAAUAUUUAAUCUCGAAUUAAUUUAGAAAUUUUAUUCAGGAAUUCUUGGAUUUUUUCCUCCAAACAUAGACUUUUAGGUAAACAUUUAUUUGUAAUAAUUAUGCUUCGACACUUUUAUGUAUAUUAUUUAUACCUUUGGAAAGCAAGUAAUUCGGAUGCAUGCAUCUCUGUUUUCAUAAACAAAAUGAUAAUAAUAAUAAUAUUUACCUAUUUUAACGAUAAAAAAAAAAUUCUCGCACUUAGAACAGGCGUUUGACUAAUAACAAAGAAAUCAUAUCCAAAGAAAAUAAAAAUACAUCAUAGAAAAAUAGUUUUUUUUAUUUAUAAAAAAUUUAGGGUAAUCUCUGAAAGUUAUGCUGAUUAGAAGUGAGACGGUAUCUAAAAAGAGUCUUUAGUUAUUUAAAGUACUUAUGAUAUUAACUAUGAAAUUUUAAAAUGUGUACUUUAUAAAUAAGUAAAGUGAUGCAGUGUGUAAAAAUUGUUUAGAUUAACAAGCAUGUAAAAUGUAAUAUAAUAUUUAUGUAAUUGCUAGUUAUGUAAUCGUAAUAUAACAUUUAUGUAAAAUACGGUGUGUACAGUGUUUCAGUGUACGGUGUGUACAGUGUUUCUACAGCGUAUGUAAAUACAAAUUAAAUAUUGUUAUUUUUGUAGCAUUAUUUAUAUGUAAUAGCUGCUUUUGAACUCUAAAAAGAAUUACAUUUUUCAUUUUAAAAUUUUGUUUUGCUAUCUUUAAAAUAUUAAUUUUGAAACUAAUCUGAAAUGUUGCAGUUUUAGAGCCAUUCCUUUGCCUGAAUAUCAUUUAAACUUGUUAUUUAUUUAUUUUUGAUAAAUAUAUAUGUAAUAUAUUAUGUUACAUUGAAGAAAUAUUUUGUUUUUUCAAACCCUGUGUAAUAUUUUU